AAAGAACAUAGCAAGAAGCUCAAAAGUAGGCAUAUACGUGAUUCAUUGAGGGCUCUGGGAGGAGACAAGACGAGAAUAUGGGAAAGCAGGGACACCGCUCAAGAGGGAACGGAAACUCAGGCACACUACAGCUAUAGAUAAGUACCGGCCCGCCAGCGUUAGUGUACGGAUUGUGGUCGGGCCGUCGGGUGCCUGUUAGGGAUACGUACCGAUACACGGCGCCCCUGCUUUGCCAGUGGAAGAAGGCGGUUGCAAUUUGGACUCUUAUCGGCUCAAUAUUGUCACGCCGCCGCCUGAGCCUAUCUGGCCGAGACAACGCAUGAUUGCGCUUAGCUUAUGAUCCGAUAACCGUAUGAAUGCCGCCGACCUCGAGGUUUAGUGGUUGCAGAAUACAGCUGUAUGAGGGCAUGUAGGGGCCUUGCGACUUACAGCUUAUAGCUUAUACGUCGACACUUCUAUUCUCACGCUUCAUCCUCCAGCGAUCACCAUGGCCGUCUACAGCCAACACGUUACAGUGAAUCAGUCUCUUCUCCAGCAACAGGCUCCACGCGACUUUCCCAACACUCCCUCCCAUCCCAAAACACUGGCAUCAACUCCUAUCCUCCUCGAUGUCACCCGUCUCCUCUAUCCCUCCGGACCUCCCGUCACAGACAAGCUCUUCAGCGGCUUCCUCGAACAUCUCGGGAGGUGUAUCUACGGAGGUAUUGUGGAUGACCCGAAGGAUCCAAGUCCGAAAUGGCUUUUGGAGGUGCAGGAUGAAGGAAAGACGUUUCAGAAAGAUAGAUUGGGGUGGAGGAAAGAUGUGAUGGGGUGCUUGGCGAAGGAUGGGGAGCUCGAGAUUCCAAUGCUGAGGUGGCCUGGUGGUAACUUCGUCUCCAAUUACCACUGGCAAGACGGUAUCGGCCCCAUCUCUGAGCGUCCAAAGCGUGUCGAGCUCGCUUGGCUCAGCGACGAGUCCAACAGGUUUGGCACCGACGAGUUUAUCGACUACUGCCGAGCGACGGGUGCUGAGCCUUACAUCUGUUUGAAUAUGGGCACAGGAAGUCUUGAGGAAGCUUUGGCAUGGGUUGAGUAUUGCAACGGGACUGGCGAUACCCACUGGGCAAACCUUCGACGCAAAAAUACUGGAAGGGACGAGCCUCAUGCUGUCAAAUACUGGGGUCUCGGUAAUGAGAUGUGGGGUCCAUGGCAAGUUGGCAACCUUCUCCCUUCCGAGUACGUGAGGAAAGCAAGGCAAUGGGCCCAUGCUCUCAAGCUCGUUGACCCUAGCAUCGUAUUGGUAUCUUGUGGCGAGACUGGUGCGUCUGAUUGGGAUAGAGAGGUUAUCCAGGGUCUUCUUCCAUGGGCUGAUAUGCACUCCAUUCACUUCUAUACUAUGCUCGGCCACGACAAGAUGUCCAGCGUAUCUGGUUAUGACUACGAGAAGAACGUCUUCGGGCCAGCCGCUGCCGAGAAGCACAUCGACAUCUGCAAGUCACUCAUCGACCUCGCUAACAUCGGCCGAACCUGGGAGCGCAUGCCAGCGAAGGAUAUGAAGAUCUGCUUUGAUGAGUGGAACGUCUGGGACGACGUCAAAGCGCCCGGGUCCAACGGGUUGGAGCAAUGGUACGACUACACCGACAUGCUUGGCUUUUGUGCAUGGUUGAAUGUGCUUGUGAGGAAGCAUAAGGAUAUAGGCAUUGCAUGUCUUGCUCAGUCUGUCAACGUCAUCUCACCUCUCAUGACCAAGCCAGAUGGCAUUGUUCGCCAGACUUUGUAUUACCCCCUUCAGCUUUUCAGCAAGUACAUGAAGAACGGACACCUUCUCCAACUUCCUGUCUUCCCUGACGUCUACACCGGUCCCACGUUCCCUGUCUACAUCCAACAAGGCAACUACAAACCCUCCUACGUCGACUCUGUCGCUAUACUCGUAGAAACGGAGAAGGGAGCAAGCAUCAGGGUUAGCAUUCUGAAUAGGCAUCCGGAGGUGGAUUGGAGCUCGAAGAUAGGGUUCUCGGGUUUCGAGGUCGAGAGUGUCGAGGUUCACGAGAUCUACUCGGACGACCUUGCUGCUGCGAAUACGUUCGAAAACCCUGACACUAUUAUUCCUAAGAUUACAAAGAAGAACGCGAAAGAGUGGGAUGGAGAUGUUUUGGUUAAGAAGCAUUCGUGGUCCUUCAUCAUUUUCAAUGGUCGUUUUCAUUGAUUAACGUUGCUCUCAUAGACAUGUAGAUGAAAGAGAAUAUGCAAAUGCUAUCAGGAUAUCGCCUCAUAACUGGAAUUGCAUAGUUUACCUAGGCUUGCUGGAGGUUCUGGUUAUGACGAGCAGACUUUUUGGCAAUGGGGUAUAUCUCGCACAAUGC